UGUAAAUGAACUCUUGCAUUAGAGCGUCAGUUUAGACGAAAUGUGGGUGGUUACUUUCAGCAUUCACAGUCAAUUCAUCCAUUUCUAACGCUUUUAACCUCCUAGAUCCUGAUAUACAGACAUAGCAUAAGAAUCCUAAAGUAUUCAGCGCAUAGGGAGCGGACAAUUACCCUCUACCUGACGAUGUCGAAAGUCCUCUUAUUAACUCUGCUAUUGUGGACAAUAGCCACCGCCAUCGGAGACGACAGCGAUUAUUCACAGUAUCCCGACUACGGGCCAACGAGAUCGGUGCCAACCCCUGCUUCACCUGACGACUUCUUCAACCCCUUCGAUGCUGACGAAAGCCACGCCCCUGACGAUGUCAGAGACGAUUCAGAAGUUGUCAGCAAUGAAGGAGUUCAAGAAACGAGAAAUGUGAAUGUUCAGGAAUUGGGGAAGGAUAUAGAGCGAUAUUCGGGAACUGACGAUGGCGAUGACGGAGUAAACUUACAAGAACCUGGGGCGCGGCAUGUCCCGCUUAUGGCCACGUCUGCUUCGUUACAAAAGCAGCCCGAUGACGGCGGCAGCGGGGACUCUCUGCUGUCUCUUCCAGGGCAAGGGAAAAUAAGCGCUAGAAAAAUUGAACGAACUUCCGGAAACAAAGUCCUAAGUCCUGGAAACGAUGAGACAGCUGAAAACCAUGAGAUGAGCUCUGACGUAGCUCCUAGGGAAAAGAAAGAACUAAAUUCAGUUCUUGAGGCGCAGCAACAAGCAAGUAACAGCGUUAACGAUUCCGAUGCAGCCACCGGCAGAAAUCCUGACUUGGAAUACAGAGGCGAUCAGAACAUCAACAACUCGAACGAUGAUAGCAAUGCAGAUUUUGAAACGUUUGAUGUCGUUGACGCUAAGAGAAAAGACACCGUGUUUAUGAACGUAAACGAAACUGUGGGACCUACAGGAAAGUUAAACCCUAAACCAGUAAUCCGGACUCCAAUUCCUGUUUUUACAUUGCCGGAUCACACGGAUAAUAACCUGAGCUCCUUCAUGCCUCCUGGCGGGGUGUUCAACAUAUCUCUGCCUGCAGUAGACGGCAAAGGCUCUGAAGUGAAGUUUGUGCCGGACUCCGACACCACAAGAGCCCUGCCUGCGACAGCGCUGGAUCCUCUCUUCUUAGGUUCUGAUGUUGUCGCCAAAACCCGUUCGGCUUCUCUUACGGGCCCCCUCUCCAGUCUCAGUCCUCGCCCCGUGAGCUCCCUUGGGGAGGUGUCGUCUCCCUUCUUCUUCCUGUGCCACUUCCCCCAGCAGGGGGAGCUGCCCUCCUCAUACUCGCGUCCUUCCCCCGACCACCACCGCCUGGACCAGCCCGACACCGUCGUCAACGUCCGUCUGUCCGUCCUGGGCAACCGCAAGCUGGACAGAGGGUAUCAGCCCAGCACUCGGUAUGAGA